AUGGCUUCCGCAGACGAGCUCAAGGCUCUCGGCAACAAGGCCAUUGCCGAGAAGAACUUCGACGAGGCUGUCGCCAAGUUCACCGAGGCCAUUGAGAUCCAGCCCGAAAACCACAUCCUCUACAGCAACCGCUCCGCAGCCUAUGCCUCCAAGAAGGACUGGCAAAACGCCCUGAACGAUGCCAAGAAGACCACCGAGAUCAAGCCUGACUGGCCCAAGGGCUGGGGACGUCUGGGAACAGCGCAGUACGGUCUGGGCGACCUCCUCGCCGCCAACGACGCGUACGAGGAGGGUCUCAAGGUCGACCCUAACAAUGCCGGUCUGAAGAAGGAUCUCGCUGCCGUCCAAAAGGCGAUGAAGUCGGAGGCUGGUGGUGACGCUGGUGACCCGAUGGGAGGCCUCGGCAACAUGUUCAACGACCCCCAACUUGUCCAAAAGCUCGCCGCAAACCCCAAGACGGCCGGAUUCCUCGCUGACCCCGCCUUCAUGGCCAAGCUCCAGCAGAUGAAGGCGAACCCCUCGGCCUCACCGGAUCUGUUCAGCGACCCUCGUAUGCUGCAGGUCCUUGGUGUCCUGAUGGGCGUCGACAUGCAGAUGGGCAUGCCCGACAACAUGCCAGAGGACGCCGAGAUGCGCGAUGCUCCUCCCCCUCCUCAGUCGAAGCCUGCUGCGCCCAAGAAGGCCCCCACCCCGGAGCCCGUGCCCGAGCCCGAAGAAGAGGCCGUUGAGAAGAAGAAGGCCAAGGAGGCCGCUGACAAGGAGAAGGCCCUUGGUACCGAGAACUACAAGAAGCGCAACUUUGACGAGGCUAUCGCACACUACUCCAAGGCGUGGGAGCUGCACAAGGACAUUACAUACCUCAACAACCUGGGUGCCGCGUACUUUGAGAAGGGCGACUAUGAUAAGGCCAUCGAGACUUGCUCAAAGGCCAUCGAGGAGGGCCGCGAGAUCUAUGCCGACUUUAAGCUGAUCGCCAAGAGCUACGCCCGUAUCGGUACCGCCUACGAGAAGCAGGGCAACCUUGAACUUGCCAUCGAGAACUAUAAGAGAUCGCUGACUGAGCACCGCACCCCCGACGUGAACGCGAAGCUCCGCGCCGCAGAGCGCAACAAGAUCGACUCUGCCCGCGCUGCCUACAUCGACCCCGCCAAGGCGGAGGAGGCGCGCGAGGAGGGUAACAAGAAGUUCAAGGAGAGCGACUGGCCUGGUGCUGUUGCUUCGUACACGGAGAUGACCAAGCGCGCACCCGAGGACCCCAGAGGAUACAGCAACCGCGCGGCGGCCUUCAUCAAGCUGCUCGAGUUCCCCAGUGCUGUCGAGGACUGCAACACUGCCAUCAAGAAGGACCCGACUUUCAUCCGCGGCUACAUCCGCAAGGCGCAGGCUUUCCACGGCAUGCGCGAGUACUCCAAGGCGGUGGAUGCCUGCAGCGAGGCGUCCAAGGUCGACCUGGAGAGCCACAAGGGCGCCAACGCGCGCGAGAUUGAGCAGACGCAGCAAAAGGCCCUCAACGCCAUGUACUCUGCACGGGAGAACGAGACGGAAGACCAGACUAGGGAACGGUUGGCCAAGGAUCCCGAGAUCAUGAGCAUCAUGAACGACCCCAUUAUGCAGUCAAUCCUUCAGCAGGCGCAGUCGGACCCCGCUGCUUUGAACGAGCACAUGAAGAACCCCGAUAUCAGAUCCAAGGUGCAGAAGCUCGUAGCGGCGGGAGUUAUCCGCGUCGGCCGGUGA